GUUCUCAGCGGUUCUCAGUCUUACGUUUACUGUUCGACUUUCUAUGGAAAUUAUGUGAUUACAAAUUUCACGGUAACAUGGCAUCGCUCGACGACGAGCUCACAACACAUUUUGUACAUGCAACUGAUGAAUUGAAAUGGAUUCCUUUAUCUUUGACUCUAGUCGAAUAUCCACAAGGAGACAUAUUUGGUAAAUUAUUGGCCCUAGUAAGCUUAGCACCCUUCAUUAUUUUGACAAGUUUUAUAACAUUAAUUUUGUUCAGAAGGGAUUUACAUACUAUAUUAUUUUUUAGUGGAAUCAUAUUGAACGAAUUUAUUAAUUUAAUAUUAAAACAUAUAAUUUGCCAACCAAGACCAUUGAAACGUGAUGGCAUUUAUAACGAAUAUGGUAUGCCCUCUUCUCACGCACAAUUUAUGUGGUUCUUUACUGCAUAUGCAAUACUUUUCAUAUACAUUAGGUUACAUCGCAAUAGUAAUAGCACAAUAUCCGAAAGGUUUUGGCGAAUAAUUAUUGUUACUGGCUGCACAAUAACAGCCGUUUUAGUGUCUUAUGGCAGAAUUUAUCUACAAUACCAUUCCACCUCGCAAGUUGUAUGGGGUUUAACUGUGGGAGUUAUUUUAGGAGUCUUAUGGUUUUUAACAACACAUAUUAUUCUGACUCCUUUGUUUCCUAUUAUCGUAUCAUGGCAAAUAUCGGAAUACCUGCUAUUGCGCGACACAUCUUCGAUUCCGGAUAUAUUGUGGUUUGAAUAUACAAAUAUUCGUACAGAAGUUCGAUCACGCUCGCGAAAAUUUGUAUCCAUGAAAUCACAGUAACGUUUCAUUCCUGACCGAAAUAAACGCGCGAGCGUUGCCUUUAUAAUAAUUUAAUUGUGAUUUUAAGCAUCAUUCCAUUAGAAUGAUUAUUCCAUUAGAAAAAUUCUAUCAUAAAUCAUCGAUCUAUUAUACAAAUAUUACAUUUAAAAAAUAAGUGGUAUUUAAAUAUAUUAUUAGAAUUAUAUUAGAUAUAGGUACGAUCUUUUUAUUUUUUUAAAUCUUUUGUUGCAUUUAUUAUACGGUAAAUUAAAUGUUUAUUCUAUGAA